AUGGUUAUUCAAAUGUUAAUACUGUGUAUAGUUUCAAUUCUGUCAUUUGCCUACGCUGAUAUUACUACUACUACUACUACUGCUAAUACUACUACCAUUACAUUGAAUAAUUCGGUUAAUACUAUACAACCUUAUUUUAGUUGUAAUAUAACUCAACGCGGUUUUCAUCUUCGAUUGCAUUGUGAUUUCCAUGAUUUUUCAAUUAGUUUACUGGAGCAUUGUCAACUUCAUGUACAUUUACCAUCAGGUUUUUUCAUUGAUCCAUAUGAAUUAACUUCCAGUCAACCGAACUUAAAAUUUUCAAUUAGUCAGUCAGAAAUACAACCAAAAUUACAUGAUACCAUUAAACAAUUUGUAAAUUGGUUUACAUAUUCUAAGUUGGAGAAGAAAAAUACCGAUCAUUCCGAUGAAAGUAAACAAUUAAUUAUUCAGAAUAAUUUGGUUGAUAUUGAAGCUCCAGAAUGGCUUGCUAAACCAUUAACAUUCAAAUUUAAUAUUAAUCAACUGGGGAUAAAUCAAUCAAUUAGUUAUUUAGAUUUACCUAUUCAUCUACGAUAUCAUCUCCCAUCAACAAAAACUGAUAACACUAAUGAUGAUUCUAUAUAUAUUACUGAAAUUAAACAUCCUAUACUAAGUUGUCCAAAAGGUAAUAAUGUCAGAAAUAUAAACAGUCAACAGUUUUUCUCUAUCAUUGUUCCUAUACCUUUGUUAUCUUACCUUGUAUUUGUGAUGCCUAUUACAAUUUUACUGCUAAUUAUGGGUAUGAUAUAUCUCUUGAUGGCCUAA